AUGACACACUUGGAACUACUACGAAAAUGUCGACCCAUUCUACCGUCUAAGUCAUAUUUACUACUAGGAUUAAGAAAUGCAUCAACUUUCCUACAUAGACCCAUUGGAAGAAUCCCCAAUAAAUUGCAUAAUGAGCUAACCAAAUUUAAUAAGAACCCAGUUAAAAUUCAACCACGAAUGGAGUACCUACCGAUCUGUUCCAAAAUCGAACAUCUGAAGAUAAAUACAGAUAUUUUCAAAAAAAAAUCACCUGAAAAAUUGGAACUUAUGUUAGAACCAAUUGUAUUUCAUCUAAUUUGCAUUAUAAAUAACUCAACCCAAUCUCAUCUAUAUUUUGAACGACUAUACGAGUUUCUUGGUGAAGCGCCAGAUCUUUCCGAGGAUGUCCAAUAUGUCAGUGAUAUUACUCGCACAAGCCCUGAGAAGUUAAAUAUUCCCUUAAAGUGUUACUAUAUUGUAACACAAAAAAUCAAUAGACAGUAUAAUAUAGAUGAAUUGGUGUCCUGGAUAACAGCUAUCAAGUCCCGCACAAUAACGGAAAGUUACAACAGUAUAAAACAGCUAGACUCGCCACCGCCAUUUGUAUUAUUUGACAUUAUGUUGAAGAAUCCCCAGUUCAGGGAAGAGUUCUUGUUACAGGUAAAUAUAUGGCGAGAUAAUAUGAGAAAUUUUGCGUUGCUAAGAUUGAAGCUGGUUUCCAUUUUGAAAGAUGUACUUGAUAAUUUAAUUUACUACAGUAUUAUGUUUGAGCCAGGUUAUUUACAGCCGAUUAUUGAGGAGUCGUUCAAAUUUUUUAAGUCAUCCAGAACUGGUAUCCAUGUGGAACUAGGCAACAAUUUCAUAAACGAAUCGAUUUGGAAUUUGGCACUAUACUCUUCUAAGUACCGAGAUCUCGAUCCCACAGUUAUUGCCAAUGCUCAAGAAUUGUUGAUUUCUUAUAUCAGCCUGGUUGAAAAGUUGUCGUUUAAAGCAUAUAUGGGAAUUACUAUAGUUAUAGCAAGGGUUUCUCAUAGCAAAGGGGAGAAGUUGUUUCAAAUAGCAGAAAGAAAGUUUUCUCAGCAUAAAAAGUCACAGAAGGAUUUGGUUGCUUAUUAUAUUGCUCGGAUAUGCCUUUGCGAUACUCCAGACCAUCUUUUACACGUAUUCAAUGUUGCAACCCGAAAACUUGAAAAUUCUUUGAAUAUAUGGUUAUUCUUCAUACGGAGAUUAAAUCAGUUUGGUAUGUUAGAUGAAACAAGAUCAAAGCAAAUUCUAAAUGAGUUGGUAAUUAGCAAAAUCAGUAUAACCAGUGAUGUGGUUACUGAACUUGUUAGACAUAUUGACAGUUUGGUGGUUUUGAGAGCUAUGGCAAAUCUGGUGGACACAAAGACCGCCAGACUUUUCAUUAAGAAAUAUGUUCAAUUAGCAAACAAUCAUGAAGGUCCAUUACCAAAAUUCCCCUGGGGUGAAGAGAUUUUGAACUCGUUUCCAACAACCUCGAUUGAAAAUGUGGGGUUGGUCUUGGAAUCCUAUGCAAAGUCCAACCCUAGCAAGGUGUUUGAAGUAUAUAAGACGGAGCUCAUAGAUAAAGGAUUAUCUCCUAACAAAACUUGUCUUGGAACAUUAUUGAGAGUUGCAUGCUUUGAUGGGGAAUCGAUUCUUUGGAAUGGGUUUACUGCCCCUGAAAUAGCGGUGAUGGAGUUUCAAAAGCACGUGAAAACAAAGGGUAUGGGACUUGUACCAAAUGAAUGGUUAUGGGGUUUGUAUACCAAGUUACUAAUUCGAUAUGAUUAUGUAUCAGAACUUUCCAAGAUAAUGAAAUGGUGGGAAGAUUUAAGAUUUGAGCCCAGUAAAGAAUUGCUUCUCACAUUGUUAGGGGCAUUACCAAAAGAAUUUGCUGAAAGACACAUCAAACAUCACGAAAAGGUUCACCUGAAGAGAGAUUGGCCAUGGCCUAGUAUAGAUGAAUUCAACGUAUAUAUUGUAAAUAGGAAAUAG